GUUAGGUUCCAGCUCACCGUGACCUGCUUGAGAUGAGUGGUUUCAGACCGUGUGUGUGUUUCUCAGCAGCAUAACUUGUGAUGUCCAGUUACUCAAACGUACAGAGAGAUUAAGUAAGGUUUUCAUUUUGGAAAAACUGGGCAAGUGUGAAAAUUUUGACUUGGCAUUAAAGAGACCAUGGUAUUCAUGCAAUUAAUUUUUGUAUCUCAGUUUGUAAUUAUAAUCUGACAGAACUAAUAAACAUUCUGGUUUGUUUUAUAUUUUAUGGAGUACUCUUUUCACCAGGAUGGCAGAACAAAGUUCCAGGGGAAGACACAGAAUACCAGCAGUUAGAGUUAACUAUUGGAGAGCCAACUGGCAUCUGAGGAGAGGAAAACAAAAAAAACUCCCAGCAGUGAAACGGGGGGGAAUAGACCUCUGGGGGUCCAAGUAUCACUGGCUGCCCACCCCUACUGGGCAUUCUGAUGUGGCAACAAGGAGCUGGACUAUACCCUUUUACAACACACACCCUCUGAUCACUUCAGCGUGUCUCAGAUGGAGUGAGAGAAGCCUUUCUGAAGUUGGAGUGUGAGAUACAACGCAAAUUAUUUGAAUACAGUUUUGAAUGUCUCUCGUUCAACAGCAUGGUUAUCAGCCCAUCAAAGGUGUCUGGAUCCAUACACUGUCCAACUUGACAGUCACAGGUCAGCAGUUUCUGACCCAAUGGCGACAUCUGGUGUCCAGAGUAGGAGGCAACGCUGGAAUUGGAAAGACCACGGCUGUGGACUUGGCACGCAGGGGCGCAAGGGUCAUCCUGGCCUGCCGCAAUAAACAGCGGGCCGAGGCAGCUGUCUGUGACAUCGUAAAGGAGAGCGGGAACAACCAGGUGGUGUACAUGCAGCUGGACCUGGCAAGCUUGCAGUCGGUGCGCUCGUUCGCCGAGACCUUCCUGAAGCAGGAAUCGCGGCUGGACAUACUCAUCAACAACGCAGGACUUAUGCUUCAGGGGAGAACUGAGGAUGGCCUUGGAAUGAUAUUUGGUGUCAAUCACAUUGGCCACUUCCUGUUAACCCACCUGCUACUGGAGCGACUGAAGGAGUGUGCCCCCAGUCGUGUAAUCAAUGUGUCAUCCAUGGCCUAUAAAUGGGGACAUAUUGAUUUCAACAAUGUGGAGACCCACAAAACCCUCAGAACCAGCAAUUCUUUUAUGCAGAUGUUCAAGGCCUACUGUGACACCAAGCUAUGCAACAUCCUCUUCACUCGUGAGCUGGCCAAGAUGUUGCAAGGAACUGGGGUCACCUGUUACAGCGUUCACCCUGGAACAAUCAAGACGGAGCUCACACGUAACUUCCCCACCAUCGCCAAGAUCCUGACUCGUCCGAUGACUUUUCUGUUCUUCAAGGACCCAAUGGCUGGAGCACAGACCACGUUGCAUUGUGCCUUGCAGGAAGGCAUCGAGCCCCUGAGCGGUCGCUAUUUCGAGAACUGUGCUGUGAUGGAUGUGAAUGCCGAGGCACGGGAUGAUGCCACGGCCAAGAAGCUGUGGGAGAUCAGCGAGAGGUUCUGUGGCCUUUCUUGAGGCCUUAGAGAGACUAGCUGGGUAUCCUCUUUGGAGCUGAGAGAGGCCAGCAGGGAGGUGGAGACAACAACUCUAUGUUAGAUUUACUUAAAUUGUCUUUUUAAAUCUAAUCCUCCUUGUAUUGAUGAAUUCAGUGGAAUAAUUGGUAAUUUGUUUUAAAAUAAUUUGGACCAGCCCUGGGGGGUGCAGUGAUGCAGCAGGCUUUGCUGG